GCACUCGUGUCCACAACUCUCCAGUCCGGCCCACAGGCGCAGACAUCAACAAGAGACGCGUAGUCCCGUUUGAAAACACAAACCCUAGACGGAAUACUACUUUUGUUCUCGCCAACUUUACACAACUUUGCAAGAUGUUUGGCUUCCACAAGCCAAAAAUGUACAGGAGUUUGGACGGCUGCUGCAUCUGUCGAGCAAAAUCCUCCAGCUCUCGCUUCACGGACAGCAAGCGCUACGAGAAAGACUUCAGGAGCUGUUUCGGAUUGAGCGAAACGCGGUCUGGAGAGAUCUGCAACGCUUGUGUGCUCCUGGUGAAGCGAUGGAAAAAGCUCCCGGUGGGAACAAAAAAGAACUGGAACCACGUGGUUGAUGCUCGAGGUGGUCCCAGUCUAAGGUUGACCUCCAGGCCCAAAAAGAUCAAGUCCAUCAGCAAGAAAGCCCGUCCGACACAGAUCAACAGGCUGCAGAAAGAGCUCAAAAGAAACAAUUCCGACGCACAAAGCACCACAUCCAGCGCUUCCCCAGCUCAGUCUCCCAGCUACAGCAAUUUGUCCGACGACGGCUCGGACACUGAGCUCAGACAAGGGUCUGGCCGCUCACCUGUCUUCUCCUUCCUGGAUCUCACCUACUGGAAGAGACAAAAGGUGUGUUGCGGAAUCAUCUACAAGGGUCGCUUCGGUGAGGUUCUCAUCGAUCCCCACUUGUUCAAGCCGUGCUGUCGCAAGAAGCAGCAGCAGCAACAACAACAACAGCGGCACGAGGAAGAGGACGGGGAUGAAGAAGAAGAUGAAGAGGAUGAUGACGAGGUUGAGGAGGAGGAGGUGGAAGUUGAGGCGGGAGAUGUGCCCGUCAGCCGCGUGACGUCCACAUCCGAGGAGGAGCAGCAGGCAACGGAGACCACAAUGACGACGGCGGCGGUAGCGCCGGCGGGGGCACAGGUAUGCGUUACCGUGGUGACGACGUCAGAAGGAAGCUGGUAAAGUCACAAAGGUCUCCUACGCGCAUUCCCCCACCCCGUCCUCCUCAAGCACUUGCAAGGCGCAUCACGCUGCCUUCGGUGAUUUAAAGCAGCUGAAGAUCUUCUGGUCUUCUCUGUCAAAAGGCUAGAGAUUUGUUUGAUGUAUUGGACCAGUGUUUCCCAACCUUUAUUGAGCCAAGGCAUAGACAUGGUUAAAACAAUCACACACAUCCCACGAUCAAAAAAUGUAAUGAAAGUGAUGAUACGGUAUUGAGAAGUUACAAAGGAGUGUACAUUUUCCAGAAAGUUUCCAUUAAGAUGGGCAAUUUUUUAUGAUAUAUUCCUGUUUGGCAACCUUCCCUCUAAAUCACAGCGGUGCCUUGUAAUUCAAGUUGCAAAUCAACUUACUCCAUUGAAAUGAACUGAAAUGCCAUUAAUCUGUUCUAGCCUCCGCCCCAACAAACAUGUUUGCAAUCUGUAUUUUUUUUAAUUAGAGAAAACUACCGCUCUUUAUUGUACUUUCUAAAGACAUGAGAACAUUAACUGGAUUCAAAGAAUUAAGCAGUUUGUGCUCAUGAUAAAUCAAUUGUGGCUCCCUCUGCUGUGCAUGACUUGGCCACUGGGGGAAAUUAUGAUAGUCAUGCAGACACAAACAAAGAUGAUUUUUCACAAAUGUGACUGACUUGAUAAGUGGCACGAAUAUUGCUGACACAGAAUUAUAUGCCUGUGAUUAUUGUUAUAUUGUCAGUCAUUGUAAGCAUUAAGAUGAAUUGAGUUGUUUCGGUGCUUUAACACUUUGUAUGAGUCUCUAUGUCAAUAACUUGACUCUUAUCUCAUGUCACAAGUAGAAUUGAAAGUACUUAAAGGCACCACUGUAACUUGGGAUUGAGGGUUAUUUGGGGGGAAAUUACCACAUUCAUGCACAUAUACAAACAUUUUGUUUUGCCAUAAGGCAUUUGUCCAAAACAACAACAACAAGCAGGACAUUUCCACAGAUUUUUGUUAGCGGAACUUCACAAAGUUAAAGUUCCCUAUUAGAGCCAACCUUGAGUUUUGUAUUGUCAUUUUAACCACAUAAACACAUCCCUAUUGCCACGGCAUACUGGUUGGGAAUCACUGUACUGUAUCUGGCAGUUAACAUACGGACUUUGAUGUCUUUCGUCUUGUACUGAGUCUCACCUUUCUGACAAAUGGACCAUCUCACUUUUUUUUUUGUCUUUAGAUACAUGCUGGACUUUUAGUUUGCAGGUACGUUUAGAUCCCACAAUGCCAUAUAGUCAAUCCUUGUAUCUUCCCCAAGACCUCUGUGUUACUUUUAGGUUCAUCAGCAACAAUGUUGGAUGUAAACCUCAAAAGAAUGAGCAUUUAGAGCACAUUUAGACAAACACACACACAGCCCUUUUGUCAUGAAAGAAUUUAAGAGAUUUUUUUGUGUUUCGCCUUCUAUAUGCGCCGUAAUCCACCAACUAUUCUGCUCAUUUUCUUUGGUCACCCCACUCCCGUAAUGUUAUUCGGUAAAAGACGAUUGAGAUUUUUUUGAGAUAGUGUUGAUAUGAUUUGUCCUCACUAGUAGAAAAAGAGUUAAAUGCACUAGUAGUUUUGUUCACUACUUUAUGACAGUUGACUAGGACAUCUAUGUAGAACUAGUGAGGCAAAACUGACAUCUGCAGGCUACUAGUACUACGAGUGAAAUGAUUAUUAGUAUGAUUUUAUUUCAGGGGCUUGCAGUCAUCAUCUAGUCUUGUGUGCAGUUUUGCCUCAGUGGUAAAAUACAGUUGUCCUAUUAGUUUGCCAAAGUUGUUUAACAAAGCGCAUACUAUUCAGGACCUUCAACUGGAUUUCUAGGAUCCUGAAAAAAAAUCUCAAACAAUGGCUUCUUCCUGUUCCAAGCGUAACUUUAGUGAUACUCGCUCCGUCAAGAGUUGGUCUAUGCCAACCGGAUUAGUGUGACGUGUGUGCAAACACUGACUGAGCUGUGCUCCAGUUUGAAAGCAGGCAGGCCUAUUCACAGCUUCAACAGCAAAUGCACCAGCCUUACUCGCGCGUCUCUCUUCCUCUCUCGCACACACAACGUGCUUAUAGUGUUCAUUCCCAAUCAAUUUUGACGAACAUGAGUGAGAGACAGAGGGAAAAAAAGGGCCAGUCGCGUUUAUUUAUUGUGGCCUCAGCAACACAUAGUGCAUUUAUUUGCAUAACUGGCAAAGCCCACUCAUCCAAAAGACCCCCACGAUCUGAUGCAUGAGUCGAAUAAAUUGCAUGGCCUUAUAGAAAGUGUAAAUCUUACUUAUUUUAAUGCUUGUUUUUAUUUUGGAGCAAUUUCUCUUGAUGAGAUUAUUUUUGUAUGCAAACAGGAAAAAAAACAAAUGUGGGAAAAAAUGGAAGUGUCUUUGCAUAACAAUAACACACACACCACGACAGCAAAAACAGAGAAUCAACUUUUCAGCAAUAUCGAUAUCAACCAUUUCUGUCAUUCCCCGGUCAGUAUAUGAUGUAAAAGUAACUUUAUACACGCUUCUGGAGAGCUGUUCCUCCAGUUCCAUUUUCUUGAUAUCAAUCUUAAGAGCCAUGUACUAGUACACUAGUUGUCUUCACUAGGAAGACAAUUUGGAACGCUAUUAGGAUAUCUAUUCUACUGUAUCUCCUGUCAACUAAUGACAGUAUUUCCUCAAAUAUGAGUGUUCUUUUUUAUUGGAGACCCCCCUUUUAAAAUGAACAUUAUCGUCUAUAAUUUACCUAAUAAUCCAUUUUAAGAUUGCACUAGUAGACCAAAAGUGGCCCAAAUGGUGACCCAAAAAAAAAACUUUACUACUGAGGCAUUUGUGUUAGAGUAGUGCCAUGAAUUGUAUACUAGUACAUGGCCCUUAAGAUGGAUUUUGUUGAUAUCAAAUACAUGUUCUCAUGGCUUUGGACACAAGCUCAAAUUCUAUACCAAUGCUCUUGUAUACCACAAAUGUGUUGCGAUACCUCCAGAUAUCAUCUAUUUUGUAAAAAUCGGUUUGAGAGAGGUGGAUUUUUUUGUGUAUUUAUUUUUUUCAACUUUUGACACUGCUCACUUGUGUAAUAAAAGAUCUUUCUAUGAUUUUACUUACCUAAAUGUUAGGGACACCUCCAAGCGGCAUGCAAACUGACCGAAAGUGAAAUUUUCUUAAUUUGUCUUUCUGCGUUUGCUUAAUAACUGGACAAGUGAGCGUAGAAGAUGACUAUUCAUCAAGUGGAAGCCAAAGCACAUUAAAAUUCCUCUCUUUUGCCCCCCAAUGUCAAAAGCAAUGCAGGUUUUCUAAGGACACUUGUGCUUGUCUGAGGUCAUUUGUAUGUAUGUUUGUUGUUCUUAAAAAAAAAAAAAGGAAGAAAAAAAGAACACUAAUAUGACAUUUCAUGUUGUAGUCGGGAGGCAGCUGUUAGAUUAUGUAUAUAUUACAAUCUUGGGUGGGCCCUGAAAUUGUUUGGUUAUUUAUUUAUUUCAUAUUUAUUUCUCUCUCGUUGCAUCCCUGCUUCUUGAGUUGUAAUACUUUCUCUGAAUUCUUUCCAUCUCAAGCGGCCGCAUCGUGAACUUUAGCUGCGCAAAUUCUCCCGUGAGAUUUGCGGUCACAUCAAAUGACUCGGUUGUCCCUACUUGUGAAGUGUUACAUAUUUAUUUCCUUGUCAUUUGACUCGUGUACAACCUAACUUAUUACCUGCCGUCAUUACUUUAGAUGUGUGUCACCGUAGACUGAGCAGCCGGUAGAUUGCAACAGAACUGUAUUCCACUCUCCCUGUUUUUAGUCCCGUAGCUUAGACGAAGAUCACUAGGAUCCACCGCGCUAGACUAUGCAUGUAUUGUUUGCUUCGCAUUUAUUUCGGUUACACGUUAGAGGACGCGCUUUUGUAUUUUUUAUACAUCAUGUCCUUUUUUUACUUGUCCCUUAAUAAAAGUAAUUUUGUGAGUUUUA